AUGUUACGAUCCACGUACCAAUUGUCACGAUUUUUACGAUUUGCUUCGCGAUAUCAAGGCUUGAACAGGAAGUGCAAUCGACGUUUUCACGUGAACGUCAGUCCAGGAGAAAAGGCUAAAUGUGGCACCGAAGGCAGUAACAGUUAUCCCAUGAUAGAUCAUUGUUAUGACGUGGUUGUCGUAGGCGCAGGUGGUGCUGGAUUGAGGGCAGCAUUUGGCUUAGGAAGUAAGGGAUACCGUGUGGCAGUGGUUACAAAAUUAUUUCCGACUCGAUCUCACACCGUGGCUGCUCAAGGUGGAAUAAAUGCUGCAAUCGAUAACGACAAGGACGAUAAUUGGCUUUACCAUAUGUACGAUACCGUUAAAGGGUCCGAUUGGCUAGGAGAUCAGGAUGCAAUACACUUUCUAACGAGAGAAGCACCACGUGCUGUCUACGAACUUGAAAACUAUGGUUGUCCUUUCAGCCGCACGGACGAUGGAAAGAUCUACCAACGGGCAUUUGGUGGUCAGUCGUUGAAGUUUGGAAAAGGCGGUCAAGCUCACAGAACUUGCGCGGUCGCGGAUAGAACUGGUCACGCAAUACUGCACACUUUAUACGGGCAGAGCCUCCGUUACGACGUGCAUUAUUACGUGGAGUACUUUGCCCUUGAUCUUCUUAUGGUCGGGCGAUGCUGCAAGGGCGUCUUAGCAUGGGAACUAGAAACCGGACUUUUGCAUCGCUUCAGGGCCCACCAUACGGUAUUAGCCACGGGAGGAGCAGGAAGAUGUUACCUAUCCUGUACAGCGGCUCACGCAUGCACCGGAGAUGGCAUGGCGAUCGCUUCCAGAGCUGGAUUGCCCCUUCAAGAUAUGGAGUUCAUCCAGUUUCAUCCAACCGGGAUAUACGGCAGCGGCAUCUUGAUAACAGAGGGCAGCAGGGGCGAGGGAGGUAAGCUGCUGAAUUCUGAAGGAGAGUUCUUUAUGGAACGAUACGCGCCAAAUGCAAAGGAUCUCGCAUCCCGUGACAUCGUCUCGAGAGCAAUAACAAUGGAAAUAUUCGAAGGAAGAGGUGUAGGCCCUAGAAAGGAUCAUGUGUUCCUUCAACUGCAUCACCUACCCGUAGAAACGAUACGCAACCGUCUGCCAGGAAUUUCGCAUUUAUCCUGGGUGUUCAGCGGCGUGGACGUGGAAAAGGAACCGAUACCUGUCAUUCCCACGGUGCACUACAACAUGGGCGGCAUACCCACCAACUGGAAGGCACAGGUUCUGACACGUGAAAAUGAGGAGGACAGCGUGAUUGAAGGACUCUGGGCGGCAGGUGAAACCGCCUGCGUGUCCGUCCAUGGCGCCAAUCGAUUAGGUGCCAACAGCCUUCUGGAGCUGGUCGUUUUCGGCAAGGCGAUCGCCGAUCAGAUCGACUGCAUGACCAGGCCUGGCGAACGUCACGAGGAUUUACCAUCCACUGUUGGCGAGGAGACCAUUUGCCGUUUCGACGCGACUCGUUAUGCAAAAGGUUGCAUUCCCGUCGCUGAGCUACGAGAAGACAUGCAUCAGACUAUGCACAGAUAUUGUUCGGUGUUUAGAACCUGUCAUAUACUGCAGCGUGGAUGUCGUGAAAUGACGCGACUGUAUACCUGUGAUUUGCCGGAUAUAUGUGUUCAGGACCAGUCUCUAAUCUGGAACACAGAGCUAUUAGAAGCGAUAGAGUUACAAAACAUGAUGCUAGUUUGCAUGCAUAUCGUUUAUGCGGCAGAGAACAGGAAAGAGUCUCGGGGAUCACAUGCCCGGGAUGAUUACAAAGAACGAAUCGACGAGUAUGAUUACUCGAAGCCUAUCGAAAAUCAGAAGAAACGACCAUACAGCGAACACUGGCGUAAACAUACCCUCACGUGGGCUCGAGCAGAUGGCACGAUCAGUAUUUCUUAUCGUCCUGUCAUCGACACAACACUGGACGAAGCAGAGGCCCAACACGUUCCUCCAACAGUUCGAGUAUAUUAAUACGACGAUAUUAUUAUAAGACCAUAUGUUAUAAGACGAUCCAGAACUUUUCCUUUCCGUUCUUUUCAAUCUUUUUGACACACCAUCGAUAACCAACAUUCUUCGUAUUAACAUGGCCGAUAACGCUGACACGAGCCACGUUCGUUAUCUUGGAAUUACAAGAGCAACGUACACAUAUAGGUUUCGCCUCUGCUCUAUAUGUCGUUUAUUUACUGGUUCGAACGGUGCUAUGGCAAUUAAUUAAUUCCAACCGGAGGCGCAGACCUGCCUGCCACCUUAUUUGCAUACUCCAUCGACGGAACGCAUCGCUUAACGACCGGAAUCGCAUCCUCCGGAGUGAAAGCCAUCUUUUUCACACCGAUUACGACCACUUUCCAACAUUGUAACGCGAUUAAAAAUUAGCAUCUGCUGCUCCUGAAUUGCUCCCCGGCGAGGAGAAAGUAAAACGCUUUGUAAAUUUUACGUCUGCACUCGUGAGAUAGUCACCGAUGGCUAAUUGAAACGAUGAUAGGUGUUGCGUAAUACAUCCGACGCCUCGUGUUCCGUCAGUGACUCGUCUGAAAUAAUUGUUAAAUAAUCUUGACGUUAGAAAAUGUCAUAUUUUCGUGGUUACCUGUUUUUCCUCGUGCAAUUUCAUAUUCGAGAAAGGAAUGUGUCUCUCUAGUUUUUCGAAAAUAUUUUCCGAUCUGAUUAUCAUCGGGAGGAAUUUACGAAAUUUCUACAGUUUGGAGAAAUAUUCCGAGAGUGAUACACGUAUCUUUCCUUGAAUAUUGCGAAACGGAAUGCUAUAUGUGAUGACCUUACGUUAAUUUUUGUUCGAUGCAGGUGACCGCGAGACCACAAAACCUUGAUACUCUUUACUUGAUUAGUUUGGCUCAUUUCUGCUGUACAAAAAAAUAAGAGAAAACGAGUGAGGAAAUAAAUUAUAAGAGAACGCCGAUUAAAAAUAAAUGCG